GCGAGUUUCGUUUCACGUCCUCAAGCCCCCCCUCCUAAAAGAGAAGAAAAUGCGAGGGUGCAAAGUGACGUUUUCGCUGCUGCGUCGUCCUCUGCAGCGGGCCACGCUGGCGACUUCAUUCACGGUUUCGUCCUCGCCGUACUGCAUCUUGCGCGACACGGCAGGUGCGGCUCGGACGACGCAGCGCAGAUGGCAGGGCACGACCGAAGCUGCGCAGACGACCGGCUCUGUGCCGCAGUCAGAUAGCACAGCAGACGCCCAACAGACAAACUCCACCGCGGAUGUUGCCCACGUGAUGGAGCGUGCAGCAGAAGCGCGGCGAGAGAUUCACGACUUGUGGGGUCACACCGGCGCGGUAGAGGAGGAGCAGCAGGCGUCGCUCACCUCCGCCAACCCGCCCAGUACGGAGGAGGCAAACGAAGCGGAAGCGAAGGUGACAGAAGCACGCUGCGCCGCUGUUGCCGCCCUUCUCGAGAAGUAUCAGCUAGACCCUACGACAGCGCGGGAAGAUGACGUGAGCCGUGGGCUGGGCGACGCGCUGGAUCGCCUUCUCCUCCUGUGCGUACCCCUCUCCUCCACCCACGGCACGGACCUUUUACUGAAGCUGAUGCAGCUGUGCGCGCGGCAGGGGCGUCAGCUGUCCAUGCGCACCAUCCAACACCUGUUUGCCCGGACGAACAGCUACGCCGAGGCGCUCGCCAUUUUCUACGCAAUGCGCCGCAGCAACUUCGCCAUGAGCAUGGAGGCCUACCACGCCAUGCUGUACUCUCUGCAACGGCUGGAGGAAGAGGGUUGGGCCCAGCGCUUUCACGAGGAGUACGCGGCCAGCGAAGGGCAGGAGAUCUCGGAGCAGGCCCUUGACUUUGUGCUGCGCGGAGUGGACAAUCAGCUGCUGCCCGAGAACAAGCCGUGGCUCGGCCGCAUUAUGUUUGCGGAGGCGAAGGACAACGCGGCGGUGCAGAGGCAGUCCAGGGCGUCGUUUGAUGAGAUGGAUCAGUUGUGGGUAGAGCGGUACAAGAGCGGCAGCGGAGCUCCUCCUGCGUAG